AUGCUGUCUGAGAUUGACGGUGUCCGCGUUGCCGUCGUGGGCUGUGCUCAUGGCGGCUUUGAUGAAAUCUACACCCUGCUGAAGGCCAGAGCAGAGGAAAAGGGCUGGGAGACCAUUGAUCUGGUGAUCAUUGGUGGCGAUUUCCAGGCCCUUCGCAACGCCAACGAUGCCGCUUGCAUCUCAGUGCCAGCCAAGUGGAAGUCCAUGGGAGACUUCUACAAGUACUACGGUGGUGAGGCGGUGGCCCCGUACCUGACCAUCUUUUGUGGGGGCAACCAUGAGGCCAGCAACUACAUGUACGAGCUGUACUACGGUGGGUGGGCAGCUCCCAACAUCUACUAUCUUGGUGCCGCCAACAUUGUCCGUUUUGGUCCGCUGAGGAUCUCCGCUAUGUCGGGCAUCUGGAAGGGGUACGACUUCCGCAAACCCCACUUCGAAAGACUCCCGUACAAUGCAGAUGAUUUGCACAGCGUCUACCACAUUCGGGAGCUGGAUGUUCGCAAGCUGCUGCAGGUCCGAACUCAAGUCGACAUUGGCCUUUCUCAUGACUGGCCACGGGGCAUCGAGUAUUCCGGCGACCACCGGGAACUGUUCCGAAAGAAGCGUGGCUUCAGAGAGGACUCUGAACACGGCCGCCUCGGUAAUGCGGCAGCUCGUGAUGUCCUGGAUCGUCUUCGCCCGGCAUACUGGUUCUCUGCUCAUCUCCAUGUCAAGUUUGCUGCUGCCCUGGCUCAUGAUGGUACCACCCUUGCCAAGAUCCCUUUCCCUGCUGAUCAGCCUGCCGUCUGGGCUGUUGAGGCUCAAGCCCCAGUUGUCUCUCCUAAGGCCGCCUCAAAAACCAUGGUCUCUUCUUCGGUCAAAUCCCCUUCACCUCCCCCAAACACCACUUCCAACACUGGGCCUGCUCCUAUGGUCAGUAACAAGGUGCUCCGAGCUUCCGGUACCGCCCAGGAGAAGCUACAAGCCUGGAACGACUUCGCACAAGGUGGUGCUCAGGAGUUUGAGCGCCAAGAGCGCCGUGUCAUGGAACAGGAAUGGAUGGAGACGAUUCGGCGACAGGACGAGCGCAGGGCAGGAUCCAAGGACCAACCUAGCGAAGGCAAUGUCGGCCAACCCACUCUUGGUCAAAACCAGGAUGAAAUCGACUUGGAUUCUAGCAGCGAAUCUGACAAGUCUGGUUCUGGGAAUCCCUCCCCUACCAAAGCACCAAGGCUCGACAUUUCCGCUUCCGACGGAUCCAAUAACAAUGAGACUGCUGCUGAGGGGCCUCUCGUGGACCGUGCAGUCACUGAAGGCCUGCGUAGCAAGCUACCCGCCAGCUUUGCUCGGCCUGCAGCCUCCGCCGAGUCUACCCAAAAGAAGCUUGAAACAGCCGACAUCACCAACAAGCUCACCCGAUUCCUCGCGCUGGACAAGCCGCACAACAGGGAUGACUUCCUGCAUCUCGUGAAGAUCAAUCCUAUCAAAUCGACCGAUGCUCAUGCUUCCCCCGAGACCUUCCGUCUGGAAUACGAUAAGGAAUGGUUGGCAAUCACCCGAGUAUUCGCGAACGAUCUCGUUCUAGGUGAUGCAACUGCCCAGGUUCCCGCCAACAAGGGUGAGGAAUACUACCGUGCACGUAUCCUUGAGGAGGAAGAGUGGGUUGAGAAGCAUAUUGUCGACGAGUGGCGGAUGCAGGUUCCUUACAACUUCCAACCCAGCGCCCCUAAUUUCGACCCUGAUGUCCCCCUGACUACUACCGAGCAGCCAAUGGAGUACACAAACUCCCAGACUACCGAGUUCUGCAAACUCCUUGAUAUCCCCAACAAGUUUGAUCUCACCGAAAGCGAGCGAGAGGCUCGGAUGAACGCUGGGCCUCGUGCCUCAGGUGCCGGCCAUGGUGGUCGCGGACGUGGUGGUGGUCGUGGCGGUUCUCGACGUGGCGGUGCUCGACGUGGUCCUGGACGUGGUCCUAGCCGUGGGAUGGGCCGUGGCGGUGCCAGAUGUGGUGAUUUCAACGCUUCUUGGUGA